UGUUGAUCAUAUUGCAUGUACCAAACUUUACGUACCAGAUAGUAAGAAUAAUAUGACAAUGUUAUGCUUUCUAUGGUACGAUCAGUUGGUAAAUGGUGUCAUCUUUUUCAAGUGACAUCCUUUUUUUUUUAAGAAAUAUAUAAAAAGAAACAGUUUGCUUGGUUACUUUUUGUUUCUUUUUUGUUUUAUAGAUUAUUCAUAGACCAAAGAGAAAUGAACCCCUUCAAAAAAGAUCAAAUCCCUCAUGAUAUUCCUACACCUAUCGAUCCUAAUUCAUCACCUUCAGAAGACAUAUCCACUUUGGACUCUUAUGCUACAGCAUCCGCUCCUAAAAAAUCAAGGCCUCUCUCCAUUCCAAACACAACAAAAACAAUAAUAGAGUCAUUAGACAAAGAAAGAAAAGUGCACUCUCUACCAGAAAGUAGCUUUAGUGCUUUUUAUGAGAAGGAUGAUCCGACAUUUAUUGUGGGAAGCAUAAUUGAUAAACCACCUGUACCUUGGCCUCCAUCUCUGGUUAUACCGCGCGAUGAAAACCAUCUCUUUCAUUACAAGAAACUAAAGAAGAAAAAGAAACAGAACCAAAGAGAUGAUACUGAUGAUACUUUAGCACAUAUUGCUCAUUUUAUUUUAGUCAGCAAACGCUUGACAUAUCGUACCACUUUUACAAUGACUACUUUAGAAUAG